AUGGCGUCUUUAUCUGCAACUGGCCUCUCUUUAAUUGAGACAAAGCUUGAUUCCUAUACGAAGAAAGAAAAUGGAAUCCCAGGAUUGGUUUUCACAGCAGUGAAUCGAAACGGCGAGCGCUUGAUCAAUUAUGCGUCAGGAUUGCGAGGGAUAGGAAGUGUUGAAUCUAUGACCGCAGAUUCCACGUUCUGGAUUGCAUCAUGUACAAAAUUGGUCACAAGUGUUGCCGCAAUGCAGCUCGUUGAAGCAAAGAAGCUUUCUUUGGAUGACGCUGACAUCGUGGAAACCAUUGCACCGGAACUCAAAAUAGUUCAAGUGUUAGAGUCGGCGCCAGAUGGAUCUGUGCACCUGGUUGAGAAGAGGGGAAGGAUUACGCUGCGAAUGCUUUUAACUCAUACUGCUGGGUUUGGAUACAGUUUCCUGAAUCCUAAGUUGAAGAAAUGGAGCGAGCCUAUUGGCCUUGCGGAAUAUUCUUGUUUAAAUUAUGAUAUUUUUAGACAACCGCUAGUGAAUCAUCCUGGUGAGCACUGGGAAUAUGGUGUAAAUUUGGAUUGGGUUGGCCUCCUGGUUGAGCGAGUGACUCAAAUGUCUUUGGACGAUUACUUUCGAAAGUUCAUCUUUGAUCCUCUGGGAAUUCAAAAUAUUGGCUUCUUUCCCACUUCAGCUAUGAAGGAAAAGCUGGUAUACCUACACGACCGGUUGUCGGAUGGGAAAGUGGAUAUUCGUCAAGAUGGGCAUCUUUACCGUCGUCCAUUAGUUGCCCAAGGGAAGGAGGAUAUGAAAGAUAUUGUAAACUCAGGAGGGGCUGGGCUAUUCAGUAAUCCGGAGGAUUUCUGUGAGAUCAUCGCUACCCUUAUCAAUGAUGGCUUCCACCAUAAAACGGGAAAUCGCAUUCUUCAGUCGGGUACGGUUGAUGCGAUGUUCUCAAACCAGAUACCUCAAUUCCCUGACUUUGGACGGGGACUGCCCAUCUCCUCUCCAAAGCCAUAUCUCACACAUGCCGAAGCAGAGCUAUACCCUCAGCCCCAUCAGCAGCCACAGGGCUGGGGUCUCUCAUUUUUCUAUUUAGUCCACUCAUCCCCCACCGGUCGGUCGGCUGAGUCGGGAUUUUGGAGUGGCCUCGCUAAUCUCAUCUGGUGGGUCGACAGGACACACGGUGUUGGGGGCUUGAUGGCUAGUCAGAUGCUACCUUUUGGUGGUAAGUCAUUUAAUCUACCAUGGAAUAAUCCCUCGAAUCGUCCGUAA